AUGCACAGGCAAAAUAUCUCUUAUGUCAUUCUGCUGGGAUUUCCAAAUCUACACAACUUUAAUAGUAUAUUGUUUGUAUUUCUUCUCAUCACUUACUGUGUUGCCGUAUGUGGUAAUAUUGUUGUAAUUGCUUUAGUUUCCAUAAGCAAAAUUCUUCACCAUCCAAUGUAUUUCUUUAUAUUACAGGUGUCUUUAGUGGACAUUCUGAUGACCACAGACAUUGUCCCUAACUUACUUUACAUUGUCCUACAUCAUGGUGGCUCAAUGUCUCUUGCUGCCUGUAUAUCACAGUUUUAUGUGUUUGCUCACUCAGAGUCAUUAGAGUGUUUCAUCCUAACAGUGAUGUCUUAUGACAGAUAUGUGGCUAUCUGUAACCCACUGCGGUAUAACGUUAUCAUCAACAAAACAUUUUGUGUGAAAUCUGUCAUUGCAUCAUGGUUAAUGAGUUUCUUGAUGGCUUUGGCGGAUGCUAUAACCCUGCAAAACUUAAACUUUUGUGGACCAAAUGUGAUUGACCAUUUCUUCAGUGAUUUUCUUCCAAUUCUAGAACUUUCUUGUUCAGAUACUUCUCUUACACAAAUCCAGAUAGUUCUAUUUGGCAUUAUUGUUAUCAUUGGUCCAUUCACAGUGAUAACUGUUUCUUACAUAUAUAUCAUUACAACCAUCCUAAAGAUUCACUCCACCAGUGGGAGACAGAAAGCCUUCUCCACCUGCAGCUCCCACCUAGCUGUUGUGUCUAUGUUUUUUGGAAGUCUCUUUAUUGUAUAUCUGGUUCCAUCAAAAGGACAAUUAUCAGCUACAUUCAAGACAUUAUCACUACUUUAUACAGUGGGGACACCAUUGAUUAAUCCAUUCAUAUACAGCCUCCGGAAUAAAGACUUCAAGGAGGCUUUUGAUAAAUUUAAAUAUAAUUUAAUUCGUUUAUAA